UAGUCUAACAGGUCCUUACAGCUUGGGCUACCCUCUUACCAAACUCCAUUAUUCCAUCUGAGUCUUCGCAACAUCGCCAUUGUGUCUUUCUGUCUUCACACUCUUCUUCUAUCUAUCCUACUUCCAACCAUGUCCCCUUCUAUUACUUGGCCCAGAAUUUGGAUCCCAGUUGUAGCCCCGUAUAUCAAAUUCAAGUCUUCCACUGCGUCCUAGGGCCAAUCUACCUUCUUCCGACUGCCAGCAGAGAUGCGUAACAUGAUAUACAAAGAGCUUUUCGGGGGCAAGGUCGUUCAUAUCUGGUUCCAUCGAUGCAGAGAAAGUUAUCAUCGGAAAGGAGCUCCAAAUGAUGCCAUGUUCCAGUGGCUUGCACUGUGUUUGUCCCCGUGGUCGUGAGCCUGUUCCUCAUUUCCACGCGGAAUAUGACCACGAAUGGUCUUAUCUGUCUACAAGCAUCCUCAGUGCCUGCCAGUCUACGUAAGAAUCGACAGUUUUACCUCUGGUCUUUUCCUCUGGCUUAUGUGGGAAGACAUGCCUUCUGAGAAACUUCAGAUCUUCGUCAAGCGUAUCCCCGAGGACCCCUCUGUUGCCAAGGCCAUCAAGAAGAUCCGGAAUAUGUUGCCAAACACGAGCAUCGAGGUUGUCACGGAAAAAGAAGGAAUAGUCUGGGAUCUUGGAGAGAGUGGCGAAAACGAACCGAUUUCUAUUCCCCCCUCCGAAGCAUCUGAUGUCGAGGAUGAGGCAAAAUUGUUAUCUCAAUUAUCUAACUAGGCUUCUCUUGCAAGCAUGAAGAAUCUCAAGAAGGACCUCAUAGGAAUCUAGCUCAUGAUCCAAACUUAUACACCAAUCAUCUGUCGUGGCCCAUAUCAACCCCCAAACAAUAAAACAGCUUGAUCCAUCUAUAAUAAUUCAAUACGCAUCGUAU